AUGCGCUCUCUAACGCCCCUUAUAGCGCUAGGUACGCCAUUCCUAGCCCUUGCUAGCUCUACAGUUCCCCAGGCGUUAGCUCCAAGGCAGGAGGCAGAAGCACCGAAAUGGAACUUCACCGACUAUGCGUACUUCUACUUUAGGGGAGAAAGCCGUCCCGACGGGGAGCAGGUCUACAUUGCCGUCAGCAACAACAAUGAUCCAGGUUCCUGGACCACGUUAAACAACGGAAAACCGAUCUUGAUUUCCGAUGUCGGUUAUUAUAAAGGCAUUCGAGAUCCAGUUUUAAUUCCCAACCAUGACCGCACAAAGUACUGGGUGAUAAGCACGGAUCUCAAGGUUUACGACUACGGCUGGAGCAGCAGGUUCUGCUUCACCUGUCAGGGCACCCACGGCAUCGUCAUCUGGGAGUCCGAAGAUCUCAUAACCUGGACCGGGCCAACUUACCCAACCGUGUCGCCCGAGAAUGCCGGUAUGACGUGGGCGCCCGACGCCAUCUGGCAUCCUGAGAAAGAGGCCUACCAAGUGUUUUGGACUUCGAAGUUGGACGGCGCCGACGCCUUGCAUAUCAUGCGGAGUUUCACCACGGACUUUAAAAACUUCACGGUCGGUGAGCGAUACGUGGAUCGGGGCAUGGACGCCACCAUUGCCUACGCAGAUGAUACUGGAAAAUACUAUUUUAUUUCGAAGAACGGGCCCGCCGAGGGCAUAGAGCACAGUACGGCGGAUAGCCUCGAGGGCCCUUGGACAAAACUCGGGGACCGAAUCGGACUAAACAAGAUGAAGGCUGGCGAGGGACCACUGAUCUUCAGGAAUAACGUGAACCCUGACAAGUGGCAUCUUUGGAUCGACGCCUACUUGGACGGCGGCGGCUACGUGCCUUUCGAGACCGAAGAUAUCGAAUCUGGCAAGUGGACGCCAUCCGAGGGCUAUAAACUCCCAGCGGAUCCUCGACAUGGCAGUGUUGUUCCCAUAACCGCUGCUGAGCGCGAGGCUCUGGUCACUCUAGGCGAGAAUAUGCUGGCCAGAAAGGGCUAG